GCUUUCAAGCUCCUCUCUGGUCAUGUAAAACAGCCAUGAUGUCUUUUUACAUCAUGUGAACAGCCAAUAAUGGACAGUUUGGCGGACAAUAGUGCAGCAAGUUGUGUUUAGUUGCGUGAGUACGUAGCGUAUAUAUGUCGCGCAAUCUUCACGUAAUCAAAUAAACUGUGCUGUGCGCGUUCAGCGCGUCAAUGUAUCACGCGACAGUACGUCGCAGGUGACACACGAUUCAUUUGUGAAGCACGAUAUGCAACCGACCUGACCUGACCUUGCUAUCACGUUGUCAGGUUUCAAUUCAGGUUAGAAACGUGAGGGCUGCAUCAUGUACUUUUCUGAGGACCAAACAUCCGGCAACGAUCAAAACAACGCGCUGCCACAAUUUUCCGAAUUGCGUUCAACACUAUCUGCUGGUUCUCUGGCAGAUUAUACUAAUGAUGGAAACAUGCAGAUGCAAGCAGCGGAUACUACUGCUUACACGAUAGGUUUAAGUCAGAAACAGGUAACUUUUCGGAAUUUGGUGUGUUUACACAAUCGCUGCCUGCUCAGAGAAAACAAUCUAAAUUCGCCUAAUAAAAAUACAGCAUCUAUAUCAUGGUCAGAUGCCAUAUUGCAAUUAAUAAACAGCCCUAUAAUGAACAUUCCGACUUGUAGUCAAAAUAACUCACUUCUUGGCAUACAAGCUAAUAAUUUGCCCACAAGUAUUAUUAAUAGUACAUAUUUGCCUUCCACAUCACAAGCAGAUGUAACAAAGCAGGAUUUGUGUUACGAGCAUAAGGAACAGGAAGAAUUAGAUAAACAAAAAGGCUUAACUGAAAUAUUCCAAAAAUUGCAAGCUGCUGGGAUAAGUUCGUCUUGGCAGCAGCUGAUCAAACCACAAAUAGAGCAAAUAAAGAAGGAAAAGGGACAAGAAAAACCAGAAAACAUGCAAAAUAGUAUCUUAAAUAUACCAAUGGUAUUUAGAAAUACUCAACUGCAAAGUAGUAACAAUUUCUGCAACUCGGAUCACUUGGCUAUUAACACUGAUAACUUGAACAUGCAGCUGAUGAAUGAGCAGCAAGAAAAUGAGAGCAAUGUGCAAACCGUCCUUAAGGUAGAACAACAAGUACAAACUGACUUUCCGACCGAGAAAAAACCAAGAUUUCGUGCAAAGCUCGAUGUCAAAAUCAGUGUUAGCAGUGAUGGAACUGUAUUUUACUGUUGUCCCGAAUGCGCUUUCAGACUUCAAGACAAGGCAGAAAUGGAACAACAUAUACAAACUCACUUACAGGAACGAAAGUAUCCAUGCACGCAUUGUGAUGCCAAAUUAAAAAGAAAGGAGCAUCUCGAUCAACAUAUGCGCGGUCAUUCAGAUGAUAGGCCUUUCAAAUGCAAUUUAUGCCCCAAGGCGUUUAAGAGGAACGAGCAUCUGACGAGACACAGAAGCAUUCAUUCCGGCAACAAGAACUUUUUUUGUCAAAUAUGUAACAAAGGAUUCUCGCGCAAGGAUCACUUGAACAAGCAUCAACAAACGCAUUUGGGUACCCGAAAGAAAAAAGAGAACUCUUAUUUUGUCGAUCAGAAAGAGAUGAUGAAGGUAUUGGACAAAAGUAGUACUAACAGUGCGCCGAUAGCCAAGCAAGAAGUAAGUCUUAUCUUGCCGGAUGAUUACUUAAAGCAAAGCCUGAUACAGCACAUUCAAAAAGAUCCGAACCUGUUGCAAACGUUCACCUCUUUGAAGCAGGCAAUGAGAGAAAAUGCGCUUCAGCAAGCACAGGGUAUUAAUUUAAACGAAUUGAUGUCUCAUAAUACAAGACAUCUAACAUAGUCUUAGUCGUAUAAUGAAGGCACCUUAUGCGCGACGGAGAGCGGUCGCAAGUAGACAAUUUUCAAUUUACAAAUUCAUAUUUUGACAGAGAAUGUGACUACUUUUAAUGUGUACCUUUAUAGUUUGCGAUCAUCUGGAAACUUCAGUGAAAGAUACAUUUGUGUGUAUCUAGUUUGAUUUAUAUAUAACACAUAAGGGGAUGUGUAGAUACUUUAUCUUUUUUAAGGUAUUUCUAGUCCGUUGCCGUUGAAGUCUUGAAAAAUUCGUCGUUUGUGUUUCAUCUCCAUAGUCGUUCAUCUUUCAUGCUCAGAUCAUUCAUCCAUCUUUUUCAUUUCAUCUCAAUUUUACUUUUUAAGCACGUUCACGCCGGCUUCAUUUCAACAAAAAAGAAAAACAAAAUUACAUUAAUUAUAUUUAUUUAUUUAUUACAUCACUGUUUAUAUAAAAUUAUGUGAAUUAUAUAAAGUCACACUUUUUCAACACAUCAGCGUAUAUUCAAAUUCAUACAUCUUUUAUUUAACGCAAUUUAUGAUCGCGCAUAUGUUCAAUCAAGAUGCUCUUAUUGACAUUACAUAACGUGCACGGAUAUUUUUGUUCCUGAAAUUAAUUUUAAAUAUCUUAAAUAAUCCGACACAAACGUACGAAUAUAUUUGACCUACUCGGCACUCCCUGACCCACCGGUAGAUCAAACCGAUGUGAACGUGUUAAAGGCUGAUUUAUAUGAUACCGAACAAGAAGAUUCCAUUUGUUGAUAUUCAGAAAUAAGAUGAGAAUUUAUUAUUACAUUUACAAUUUUUUUGUCACAAAAUAUUUUUUGAAAUAAGAACACGUGGAAUGGAAAACGCGCUCACAGGUGUCACGGCUCUUGCACACAGGAAUUUACAUAUCUAUUGUUUCCGAAAAAGAGCACAUCCGAUUCGAUCAUUGCCCGAUCCGUUACGUUGUCCUGUGUGCAGGAGACAUUACAAUAGCAUGUCGAGUUAACGAAUAUUUGCCAUUAUUUUUUAACGUAAUUCUUCUGUUUAUAGAUACGAAAAGAGAAAGAGAUCGGUGGACGCUCGCAUGCAUUGUGAUUGGAGUAUUUCCAAUAAUGCUCCCAUAUACAUGUGUGUCGCGCGCGUCACAUGUACGCGAGCGUGUAUUUGUCUAUGUAUGUGUUCGUUAUAGAUAUAAGAAUUGUAGACGGCACUAAUUAGAGCUGAGAGACGUGGAUGACUGCCAUGCCACACAACAAAACCAAAGACUUUACACAAAAAAGUGUGUGUAAAAUAGCAGUAUUCUAGUUUAUUUUUGUUGGAGCUCCUUUUUCUGAAUUUUCCAAUAAGUCCACAUUUCCGAACUAAUAAUUUAAUGGUUAUUUUUUUUUUUUUUUUUUUUUU